AGACAAUUGAGCGUGGCGGCUGCAUGCUUUUCUUGUGCUGGCACUAAUGGCAGGGGCUCGGCUGGAUCUGAACGAUGAGUUGAUAGCGGUAGCGAGCGCCGGGCAUUUCUUCCUCGGCCAUAAGGCACACAUUGCCCUGCGGGUCGUCGCGAUUCCACACGAUAUUCAUGGCCCGGCACGUGAUCUCGUUGCAGCCCAUAAGACGGCCCAGCUGCACCGUCUGCCGCUCCUCCGAGAUGGUCAACCUCCUUGGGUCGGCGGAUCUGUCGCUCUGUGGAUGCAUGCUGCUGGCACAAGAGGCACACUCGCUAGUUGACGCCGCGAUGGCUGAUGCUGGUGUGAGAAGGGUUAAAAGGGCGGCUGCUGUUGUGAGAAGAAAACGCAGGGAUCAUCCGCUGGUCCGCUCCGCCAACAGACAAACUGAUCAGCUGCGCUGCGAAGCCUCUGAUCUUAGGAAAGAUCGGUAGAUCCAACACGCAGCAGAAGGAAAAGAAAUGCAAUGUUCAGCAGAUGUGCUUGCGUAUUGUUGGUGCUGUGCGGUGGUGGCUCAUACGCAUGGUGAUGGUGGCCUGCUUGAACUUCAUGAAGACGGCGAAUUCGUCCACUCAGAUAUAUGUGCGAGAAGGAAUGCCCCUUCCCCUCCAACGCGUGACAUUUCAAUUGGCGCCUGCCCUGCAUUUGAUGACAUACACAUCACACAAAUGACAGCAUCAGCCAAGUAUACGCAUGCUGUCGCUCCCUGUCGUUACGUACCUGACACAAUUCGCAAGACAAUUCGCUUGCUGCCGAACGGCUGCAGUCGUAG